AUGCGACCGCGAGCACAAAGCUAUGGGCCUCUGGAUGGACUGCCGGGAGAUCGCAAUGCGGUAGCAUGGUACUGGCGGGUGCUAGCAUUCGUAUCAUGGUUCAUGAUACUCGGAGGGUGAGUGCGAUUAUACGAGAGGCUGGACAUGGACAUGGACAUGGACACUGAUGCGGCGCAGCUUCCUCAUGCUACCGGCGACAUUCGAAAAGGCGCACGAUCCUAGCGAAUUACGGAUAUCCCAGGCUGCAGUAGGUAUAUUUGCAGUGGCCUUGCUGGCGGCCGGCUUCUCUUUCACAGGAUUGCUCUGCUUCGCAGUCCGCAAUACUCUUUUCCAGGCAGAAGCCAUCUUUCUCCCUGCCCUGACUUCCUCAUUCAUCGGACUGCUCACCGUAUUCUAUGCAUUCCUGGUGUAUACGAGAUACACCUUCCACACGCCAGCGCUGCUUACGACCAUUGCUGCGGCCAUUGCGACCGUAGUCUACGCAGGACUGCUAUUCUGGUCGUACCGUAAAGGCGGCACAGCAACGAGACCACGUCAACAAAUGCCCGUUCCAAUGACCAGCCAGCCAUAUCGGGGGGCCCAAUCCGAGCACCGAGAUAGUGAAGCCACACUUUGGCAGGAUCAAAGCUACUACGAGAACUAUACUCGUAAUAUGUUCCCUUCGGCACACAAUCCCAAUCAGCCACCCCCCACAGGAUAUGGCUUCGACCCUCACCAGAUUACAGAGGAUGAGAUGCAACGGCAACAGAUGCUGAUGCUCCUGCUUCAGAGGGAAGAGCAAUCCACACCAGACCCUAGCGUGGGAGCGAGUACCUUCCGGAUCGAUUGGCAGGGCCGUGAUGAAGAGGAUGGGCCUCCUCCGCAAGGCUAUUAUGCACCGCAAUCGCAAUCGGAAGGUCCGCGAGCCGGCCAUCCUGACCCUACUCCAGGAAUCAUGAGGCAAUUCACUAACGAACUUGAACUACGUCCGUGGGAUGGAGUAUGGAGAGCGCCUGCCAGAGUGAGAACUUCGCUGUGGGCUCGACCUGGGGGUCGAGAGGUCAGAGAGGCGAGACGUCGAGAGAUUGAACGCGGUUAA